GCCUUAUGUGUAGGCAUGAACUGGUCAGUACCAGGGGCGGACUGACCAUUUGGAAACUCGGGCACUGCCCAAGGGCCCGGGGUCAGUAGGGGGCCCCAUGAGAUGCCCCUGGUACCUUUUGCAUAGGCUUUUUAGAGUUUGGGCAAGGACACAGGGGCCUCAUGAUCCCCUAUUGCCCGGGGGCCCCUAUGAGUUGUCAGCCUGCCCCUGUCCGUCCCUGCUCAGUACUCAAUUUCAUUGAAGCAAGGAUUAUCCUUUUCAGUAUCAGGUGCACAGCAG